UGCAGUCAUAUGCACUAUGUGCAUAGAUUAGGUUAUGGUGAGAGAAGAUUCGUUUUUGUAAUGUGCUCUGGAGCAAAAAUUAUGGCUAGCAUAUGGUGGAAAAGUUAUGUGAUUUCUUGAUUGGCUUAUGUAAACCGCUAUUCAACAGGGAUAAGUGCUAUGUACCAUCGGUUACGGUAUCAUCCGUUUAAACUUGGACUGGUAUAACUUGUUUGUUGUAUUUCAUGAAAAUUAAACACAUUUUUGGACAUAACUAUGAAGCAGCGUCUUAUUUAUUUUAUUUUUAUUAUUUUCAGCCUUUGUCGUUUACCCAACAGCUUCAGCAAUGUACUAGAGGAGGUAAAACACGGCCGUUAAGCAAAUUGUUGUCACCAUUACAAAGCGAACCGCAAAGUCCAAUCUAUGCAUCUCCUCCUUUAAGUCCUGUUCACGAUGCUCCAAGUAUGUUUGGUGCCAUGAAUAUUUAUCAGCCAGUGUUGCGACAUAGCAAUAUAUUUUCCCAAGCUCCUGACACUCACUUUGCCCGAGACACUCACAUGAGGAUAAUUUUGGGAAAUUCUGCCGCGCCUGUUAGUUCGAAAUCGGAUAAAAAGAACAGUCAGGGGCAAGAUAGCAAUAACGGAAAUCAGAGAUUGUUGAAUAGAAUUGUUAUCGCAGCCCUUUCGAAAAAGAGAUUCCAACGGAAAACUAAAGGAUCACUUCUUAACAUUUGGGUUGGCUGUGAAAGUUUGACAAUCAGAAGCCUAAGAGAAAUGGAAUUGUAACGAAUCCAGCUCUAAGGUUGGUCGCAAACGUAAAAAACGGUUUGGAUACAGCUGCUGCC